AUGCUGAUGUUCAAACAUUUUGAGCAGCAUUGGCCCCACACGCCACAUGAAGCCAACCUGGUCAUCGAAAGACUUCAUGACCUGGCCCGUGCACUGCUGUUUGGAGCCAGGAAGGAUGAUGCAAUCGUCGCAUCUUUCCUGGAGAAGAGGGGCUUAAGCAUCCUGGUAGAAGCACUGCUAGCAGUCUCAACUCCGGAGAUGAUACGGACACAGGCGUGGCAGUCCCUGAGCGUAAUCCUGCUCAACGUGAAGGAGGAUGCUUUACAAAGGUUGAUCCGUGGGCGCGAGUUGGACUUGUUGUGGUCUGGUGAGCCGGAUCUUCGCACAGAGGAGAGUCGGAUGAACUUCAUCUCUUGUCUCAAGAGUGUCAGCAUGCGAAUAGAAGUGGGGACGCUCCCAUGGCUGAUGACCGAGGACAGGGACAUCCCGAUCCUCCGCAUGGCGAUGGUCUAUACCGCCCAUGAGGAGCCCCUGCUCCGCACCCAGGCCCGAAAUGCCAUGCUGACACUUUUUUCGAAGAUCAAGAUAGGCGAGGGCCAGCUGUUGCGGACUGCCUUGGAAAUGGCAAAGUCCAGGAAGCUCGGUUGAGUUAUUGGCAAGUCGUGACAUUGGACAUGACAUGUCAUGCCUCUGUAUUGGGCUAGGUGAUUAGGAAAGGCGUCAUGCUGGAGGAUUUAUGCGUUGUCACGAUUGUCACGCUGCAGAAUCUUUUUGGGGUGGUUGUCAGUGAUGAGUGAUGAUGGCAAGUGGCAUGUGGCAAGUGGCAUGUGGCAAGUGGCAAGUGGCAUGUGGCAAGUG